AACACAUUGUGUUGCGACUGACGUGCACGUGUGUUGUGGAAAAGAAAAUAGUUAUAAAAUUAGAAUUAUAUUCUACAUUUUGAAUUUCUUUGUCGAAACAAAAUUAUCAUUCAAAAUAGUCUUCGUAUUGAUAAUAUGAUAUAAGACUACAUUAAGCAUGCCUGAUAUGAAAUAUAUUUUAGUUACUGGAGGUGUUAUUAGUGGCGUGGGAAAAGGUGUCAUAGCUAGUUCUUUUGGCACAAUUUUAAAGAGUUGUGGUAUAGAUGUAACAUCAAUAAAGAUUGAUCCAUAUAUCAACAUUGAUGCUGGUACAUUUUCUCCGUAUGAACAUGGUGAAGUUUACGUUCUUGAUGACGGUGGUGAAGUUGACCUUGAUCUUGGGAAUUAUGAACGAUUCUUGGAUAUAACAUUACAUCGCGACAACAAUAUAACAACAGGCAAAAUAUACCAGCAAGUAAUUGAACGUGAACGUCGGGGUGACUAUCUCGGAAAAACUGUGCAAGUUAUUCCUCACAUCACUGAUGCUAUACAAAAAUGGGUUCAAAAAGUAGCACAAAUACCAGUUACGCCAGAUAACAAUCCACCAAGAGUAUGCAUAGUAGAAUUAGGUGGAACUAUCGGAGAUAUAGAAGGAAUGUGCUUUGUGGAGGCCUUCAGGCAAUUCCAGUUCAGAGUGAAGAGAGAAAACUUUUGUUGUGCCCAUGUAUCCCUGGUACCAAUGCCAAAAUCAACAGGGGAACCAAAGACAAAACCUACCCAGUCAUCAGUAAGAGAAUUACGUGGCUUGGGCUUAUCACCAGACUUAAUUCUCUGUCGAUCAGAAAAGCCAAUAAAUCACAAUAUUAAAGAGAAAAUAUCUAACUUCUGUCAUGUUGCACCAGAACAGGUUAUAUGUGUCCAUGACUUGACCUCUGUUUAUCAUGUUCCAUUAUUAAUGGAGGCACAAGGUGUUGUACAAUAUUUGAAUGAACGACUUCAAUUAAAUAUAUCUAUGCCUCGACCAGGAAGUUUUAUGAAAAAAUGGCGCAACCUUGCAAAACGUGUUGAAAAUCUCAGAAAGGAAGUGAACAUUUCACUUGUCGGAAAAUACACUAUGUUAGAAGACAGUUAUGCUAGUGUCACUAAAGCAUUACAGCAUGCAUGCAUUGCCGCUGGUUGUAAGCUUAAUUUGACUUACAUUGAAGCUGUUAAUUUGGAGAAGCAGAGUAAAAUAAAUGAUCCAGUAGGUUACCAUAAAGCUUGGCAAGACCUGUGUAAGAGUGAUGGUGUAAUAGUGCCUGGUGGUUUUGGACAAAGGGGAAUGGAAGGAAAAAUAGAAGCCUGUAAUUGGUGUAGGGAAACACAAAAGCCAAUGCUUGGUAUCUGUUUAGGAUUACAAGCAGCUGUUAUUGAAUUUGCUAGAAAUGUAUUGGGUUUGACUGGAGCAAAUAGUACUGAAGUUGACCCAAAUUGUGAUGAUAAAUUGGUUAUUGACAUGCCUGAACACCAUCCUGGAAAUCUUGGAGGUACUAUGAGGUUGGGUAAAAGGAAAACUUACCUUCAACCUAGUGUAGUAGCAUCAUUGUAUAAAAAGGAAAUUAUAGAAGAACGUCAUAGGCACCGUUAUGAAGUUAACCCAGAAUAUAUUGAAAAACUCGAAGCAGCUGGUUUGCGAUUUAUUGGAAAAGAUGAAACUCAAACUCGUAUGGAAGUGGCAAUUGUUGAUGGUCAUCCCUACUAUGUGACUGUACAAUUUCACCCAGAGUACCUUUCAAGGCCUUUAUCACCCAGUCCUCCGUUCUUAGGGCUUAUACUGGCUGCUACUGGAAAAUUAAAGCAAUAUUUGUCAAAGGGAUGCAGAUUCAGCCCUAGAAGUCAAUCUGAUGUGAGCUCAGAUGAAGGCGACCUUGAUGAAGAUAUAUCAUUAGCUUCCCUUAAUAUCACUAAUAAAAAUGGUGAUGUUGCUCCUGAAACAAAUGGAAUACAUUAAAUUUGUCAUUCUAGCCUAUAUGUGAACUACUUAUAUUUUAGAGUUAAGUGAAAAUUUUAUUUUAGCUGUUUUAUACAUUUUUUUUUAUGUAUCUUAUAAUAUAAUGUAUGUAUUACUUGCGACUAUAAAUCAAUUUCUUGAAUAAGUGAAUCAGUUUUUAAACACGUUUUUAAAAGUUUCAACUAUUGUCUGUUAUUUUAUAUACGAAAAUAAUUGAAUAUGUAUUUAUAUAUGUUUAAGUUUUAACUAAAUAUGUUUAAGUUAAGGUUUUUAACGGCGCGCGGUGACAUCUUUUAUGAUGUUUUAUUUGUUGGUUUUUCUUCAAUACAUAAAAUUAUAUAUACAUCUACAGAUCGUAUAUAUAAAAAUAAUAAAUUUAAAACUAAUUUGAUCAUAUGACGUUUUCUUUAUUUUAAAAAUAUAAAUAACUUUAAAUUUUUUUUUGGACAACCGACAGGAGUUAUGUCAAGUACUUACAGUAAAAGUGACUGUAGAUCGAAUACGUACGCGUACACUUCAAAGACAGACUUCACACUGCUAGAGUAACGAAACCUCUCUCCAAAAAGUGCUCAUCACGUUGAACAGCUUGUAUAUUUAUAUUUCAUAUAUCUUCAGGUUCAGCUGGGCUGUUAGGGGUCCAUAUCUGCGAUCUAGAUCCUCGAUUUUCGCAUGUUGCCAAAUACCUACCUGCCCACUUAUCGCGCUGCACAAUUUUUCAUAAUAUUGUAUAUUAAUAUCUCGCAUAUUCAUGGUAGCGCCGAAGAAAGCGGCACAGCAGUGCUUUUUUUCUGAUUUACUUGGUUUCCCGUGGGAAUGAGAAGUUUUCCCGCGGUAAAAAAAUGUCUUUUUACAAUUUAUGUAUUAUCUAUGUUUGUGCCAAAUUUCAUUAUCAUCGGUUCAGUGGUUUAGACUAUGAAAGCGUAGCAGACGGACAAAUCGACAGACGGACUGACUUUAAUUUCGAAUUUAUAAUGUUAGUAUGGAUAGUUAUAAAAAUCGAAUACUGUAAAUUCCUUAAACACAGCAUGUAACCUCCAUUCAGGAAAUGUGUUUUAGAAAUAUUUCUUCAUAUGCUCUAUUUUAAAUACAUAUUAUAAUAACAUUGAAAUAUACAAACUCAAUGUUGGUUAUUUCGCCUUGAUAGUGUCAUUUUCGUUGUUCUUAAGAGAAAUUGAAAUUUAAAUAAAAAAUUUUCAACAUAACCGAUAAUUUUACUCAUUUGCUAUUUUAAUAAUCGAAUCUCUGUUGUAAUAAGCAUAAUAAGCCAUUUAUUUAUUGCCUUCAUAUGAUUCAUAUUACAAAAACCAUACUAUUACUCUCCAGUAUAAAUAUUUUUUUUGUAUGUACAUACUGUAUCAAUAUCCAAAUUUGUUUUAUAAUCAUUAUGGUUGGUUGUUAAUAUUAUAGUCGUGAUUGUUUGGCUGUUAUCUAUAAAAUAUAUAUGUUUUAUGUCUUCAUUGUUAACAAAAAAAAACUUGAGCAAUAUUUUGAUAAUAUAUAUAAUUAUUUCAUGUUUUUGCCAGUACUGUAAAGAGCCAGUGCAUACUAUGUAACCAUUCCAGUUUAUUGUAUGUGUAAUAAAUGUAAAAUUUUCAAAAAACUCGAUUUCAA